GGCGCGGGUGUCGGCGUCUGCCCCCGCGCUCUAUGUCGGCACUCAGUCGUUCGCCGACAUUCUCGCCGCCAGUACGCGAGAGACGCGCAAGUUGCCUCCUGACGCAUUCGGUGCAAGUGUGUGUAACCCCGUGAUUCAGCCGAGCUCGGUCUACACGUGUAGUGCCAGGAUUCUGUCGUGCACCGCGCCGCUAGCGGGAUACAGGUACCGGAAACCAGUGCUGUGCAAUUUGCUACGUCGCAUCCUCCGGCUCAGCUGACCGGCGCGCAAUCAGCCUCAACGCACGAACACCGGCGGUUGCCGCUCGGCGAGCGGAGCGGUCGCGGUAGCGGGCGCGGUGACGGUAGCGAGCGCGGGCGCGGGCUCGUGCGCGGGCCGCAUGGCGAGCGCGGGCGCUCAGUUCCGCGGCGGCACGCAGCAGUGGGCGACGGCGUACGCGCCGCAGCCCUGCCGCUACCCGCCGCCGCAGCCGCAGCCCUACGCGGCAGCACCCAGUCCUUACACACCGCACCAGGGCUUUUAUUUGCAGUACACGGGCGCGGCGAUGACAGGCGGAUGCACAGGAGCUGGCACUCGGGUGCCCACAGCGGCGUCUCCGGCCAAUACUGCCUCCAGCUCGUCAUCAAACUCGGCCAAUGGCACUCGGUCGACCAGCCUGAGCACUGCUCCUCCACCGCCCGCGUCCUCCACCUCCACGAUUGGAGCCUCGGGCGAGCAGCUCAGCCGCACCAACCUCUACAUAAGAGGACUCAACCAAAACACCACUGACAAGGACCUGGUGCAAAUGUGCCAAAUGUAUGGCAACAUAAUAUCUACUAAAGCAAUUUUGGACAAAAACACGAAUAAAUGUAAAGGUUAUGGUUUUGUAGAUUUUGAAACGAUCGCGUCAGCGGAGGCAGCUGUUAAAGGAUUACAGGCCAAAGGUGUUCAGGCCCAGAUGGCUAAAGUGGGUAUCUGGUUCCUGCGUAGACUGAACCGUCAACAAGAACAGGAUCCAACCAACUUGUACAUGGCUAAUUUGCCGCCGCAUUUUAAGGAAAAUGAUGUUGAUCAGCUACUGGCCAAGUUUGGACAAGUUGUGUCAACAAGGAUUCUUCGGGACACCCAUGGCCAUAGUAAGGGAGUCGGCUUCGCGAGGAUGGAGUCAAGGGAGAAAUGCGAGCAGAUCAUCCAAAUGUUCAACGGAAACCCGAUACCGGGUGCCAAGGAGCCAUUGCUGGUGAAGUUUGCUGAUGGUGGCAAUAAGAAAAAGGCUUCGUACAAUAAGCAAAACGACAACGGCAGAGGUUGGAGGGACAAUAAUGACUCGAUUCAGGAGUUGGUAUUGCAGGCCAUGAGCGUGAGCGGUGUGUACGCGGGCAGCGUGGCCACAGCGGGUGGCGGCGCGGAGUGCGCGGGGGUGUACCGCAGCAGUGCCAGCAUGUACGGCGUGGCCGCCUUCCACCCGCAGUUGCACCACCACCACGCGGCGCACGCAGCGCACCCGGCCGCCUGGCUCGCGCCCUACGCUGCGCUCAUCCCACCGGCGCACCCGACGCACCACGCACCGCACCCGGCGCAUGCCACGCACAUACCCAUCGAUGCGGUGCCUAGCCAAUAUGUGAACUGGGACAGCUUAAGGCCGGAAAAUGAAGUAUUCUACUUCGCUUCACACCCGUACCAAUACUUCGCGGGGCCUACUCCUCCGGUGAUCCAGAUGCCAAUGGACAGCGAGCACGCGUCUACCGCAGCAUCUCCCGACGAAGCUUACCAGUCGUACCCUCCCAAGUAGACGAUAAGCCAUGCUACAAUUCAAGCUGAACACGAGCCAAAAAUCAAAGCAACUGUGACUUUUUACGAUGUUAAUUUGUUUUAGUUUUAAUUUGCCGCCGUAAUGGACUUCAUCGAAAACUCCGCUAAGCGGGCGCCUUUUAAUGAGCCUAGUUUUCGCAUUAUGCUUUACUGGCUUAGCUGAACCUUCGAUUUGCUGUGAUGUUUUGAUGAGGUCUUUCAACGGUUCGGGAGAGGAUUUGAUGUAUAGAGUUAGCUGCAAUUUAGAAUGUGUUUUUACAUCAUAGUUUUAUUAUUGUUUUAUGCAAUUUUUUUUAUAUUUAAGAAUUUAGACACAGAUUUUGAUCAUGUUAACACGAUUAUUUAAGAUAGUUAGGUAUUUAUUUUUAGCUUAGUAUGAUUCUUGAUUGAGUUUUAUAAAAGAAAAUUUUAUUUUGCAAAUUUAAAUUAAUUUAUUUCUGUGUCAUAAUUAUUGUAAGUAAUUUGAACUAAAUACACAUAACUUUUAUAUCGAAUAAGAUCGUGCAAUCAGAGAGUAAGUAUUCAAAUUUUAUACGAAUAGUUGUAGAAGAGGUUUUAUUUAAUUUCUUUAAAUGAUAUAAUUUUAUUAGAUUUUGUUUCGACUGAUUGAGAGGAAGCAAUAUCCGACGGCGAUAAUGAGGCGGUGAUUAAUAUGGUCAUAUCAAAAGAAAAUCCUAAAAUAUAUACAAAUUGAAACCCUAUGUAUGAUAAUAUAGAAAGUUGUAUAACAGUUAGAACAUUUGGGGAUAAAUUGUAAAUUGUUUUGAAGAUUUUAAAUCUUCCAUGUAUUUCUAAAAUACAGUCGAAAAUGUAAUGUCAAGUAACCAACGUUUAGGAGCUGAGAUCUCGAUCUGGUUGGAGAUAAUGACCACCACGAGGGAUUCUUGUGGUACUAAUGUAUUGUGUAUGUUAAAUAAUAUGUUCGGCGUGGUGCUUUAGUGAUUUUGUUUGAAAAAGGUACUAAAUCUAUUAAUUAUGUAUACAGUAUUAUUUUACACAGUCUCAGGUAUGGUGCAGUCUUCCAAACUCAAAUAAUUAAAGUAUUGUACCUAACAAGCUGUUUAGUUGUAUCGCCCAGUAUACGGGCUUCUUAGCGACAUAAUUUCAGGUAGACCAUAGCAACGAUUAGGUACAUUGGGUAACAAACGAAUGAAGCUUUAUAUCUAAUUUAAUUUUUGUAAUACAUGUUUUGAGUAACUUAAUGAAACAAUUGUUAACUUGUUGCCAAAACCCGAAUACAGACUGAAUUUAUGUAUACCGUGAAAAUUCCAAAUAUUUAUUUCUUGAUCCAACUUUUGAUCCUUAAAUAGUAUUCAUACAAUAAUAGCAAUGGUAUAUCUCGCUUUUGACGCUUGACUUUUUUGUAAACAAAUUGAAUCCAGAAAAAUAUUGCUUCAAAUAAAAAAUCCAUAGAUUUCUUUUUGAUAACUGAUUAAAUUUCGUCAAAUACUCACUUCGUUUUUUCUAACCGAACUUGUGAGAUUGCUUUGUUGUUUGUUUACAAAAUUGACAAGUGUAAUCCAGCGUGGAAUACCUGUGUGAUAGAUUGGAUACGAUUUAGAGUUCGUUCGGCGAGUGUGGGCCUUAGGGUGCUAAAUCGUUGGGAAUUGCGUGUCCCUUGCGGAAAGUUGUAGAAACAUUAGCAAUAAGCAGUUGUAUUAAAGUCUAUUUAUACAUUUUACGAGUCUAUACAAAAUUUUGUACGUUAAUUCACGGAAUAAAGUGAUCCUCUUUUGAGAAUCAUGUACUGAAUCAGGAGUUGUCAUAACUUAGGCGGUCGGCACAUUCCACACGUGAACACCACAUAUUCCACGGUUGAUUUCCACAUUGUUUAACUUAAAGGAUUCGGAAUCCAGCGUAAGAACACCUUUAGGUGAGAACAUUUUUGUACCAUUGCAUCGUAGGUUUUGGGUACACUUUACGACUUUAUAUAAAAUUUAAUAUUUUUAUAUUGAAUAUAUAUAAAUUAUACAUGGAUAUGUAUACAUGUAUACACAUUGUUGAUGAGUACGAGAGAAAGCCACUGUUUAAUUCUAUUUUGGCACGUCAGGAUUUCAUCAGAACCAAAGUAUACAAUCAUUAAAAGUCAAAUAAGAGCUAGGGGAGAUAUUUAUAUUACAAGGACUGAAGACUAGUUAAUGUUUGAUAUAUCUGUACUUUAACUGGAAGUGGUUAACAUGUUCUUUGUUCAAAACCUGUGAACGACUUAUAACAAUACAGGAACUGAUAUUAGAUAACAACAGGUUUUGAAUAAAUUUUGUACAUUUUCAAAAUGUAUCUUUUCAAUUAAUUGCUUGUAUCGAAUCAAAAUUGAGUACUUUGUAAUUGGAUAAUUAACCAAAUGAGAAGUGCGUAACAUCUUAUCAAUGUUUGUAUUUGAGCUGACUGCCUGACUGUUAGAAUCAAUCGAUAUCGCUUCCGAAACUCACCAGCCUUAGUUGAAGUGAGAUUUUUAUUAGUGUUCCUUUGAUAAACUCCGUAGAUCACACUUAUAUUUUGUAUAAUUGUUGAUCAUGCCAAAUUAUUGAACUGAAUAAGACCGCGUUUGAUUCUUGUGAAAGUUUUGAUCAAUGAAGUGUAUUGUACGUACCGUAUUGCGGUAUUAAGUAUUAAGAGUUUCGAUCUAGUGUUCGAACUACACAGUGGCUUCCUGGUAUAGCAGUCUUCCGAUAGAUGUUUCUGCUUAAGUUUGCAUUUAAAGUCGAUGUUGUAUUUAUACACAAUCUGUAUGGAAAAUAAUACUUUAAACGUUGUGCCACACUCACAAUGUUUGUCUAAAACAAUAUAAUAUUAUUGAUGUCCUUAUAAAUUGUAGUAGAGAUAAUUCCUUGAUCCUAAGUUACCUUCCUGUGUUUAUGUCCCAACCACAAACCUAGAGUCGAUGUUUAUGGAUGUAGGAUUCGUAGGGUUGCACGAACCGUAUAUAUUGCCGUUAAUUGCACUAUUAUUUUAGCACGAGUUUCUUCAAGACGCUUCUUUUCCAUUGAAAGCAAUAAAUUAAUUUCUACGGUAGUGCCUUCAGCUUAUGAUAAACAAAUGUGAAUACCAUACACCAGCUGUGUGUGCUUACGAGAUAUUUUUACAAGUAAAGAGAACUUACCGUAUUCGUAAAUGUAGGUUAAUGUUAAAGCUAUGUUUUGAUACUCUGUUUGAACAACUGGAAGGAAGUUAUAUGGCUGUCUUAUCGUUGCAUUUUCACACAUGAUGUUAAGGUUGAAUUCGGGAAGAUAUGUUAGAAGUUCCUAGUUAAACUCGCUUCGACAUUCUGACAUGUGUGAUAAAUAAAGGUUACGGUGAGAUUAUAAGUGGCGAUGAGUAUUAGUUUAGUUAGAUCGUUUAUGUCAAUGUUACACAAGCACAAAAGGAACCAAUUCCUGAAUACCAAAACUACUAUUGGAAUAUUGAAAUAUUACAUGUCGAAGAAUUCAAGUGUUAAGUAAAUGUUAUAAUAUAAGUCAUAGAUAUAAGAUAAGCGCGAGAAACGUUUUGUAAAUGAGAAUGAUAAACAAGGCAUGGUGAAAUGAUGGCUAGGAAUAGUUACUAGGCUUAAAUAGAUAGGUUAGAAUAGCAAAAAAUGUUUCGAUGCUAAGAUAUAGAUUAGCGACUUAGAAUAAUAUAUUUUGGAUAAGGUGACGCGUGCGUGAUCGUGGCGCUAGGGUAGUUUCUUUUGUUAUUUGUAUAAUUUAAUUGACUGAGGUCGGCAAGGUGCGCACGCGCACCAAAUGCGUUCUAGCGCUAAGGGAGAUCGAAGGGAAGACCUAGCGAACAUUCUCGAUAAGUUUCCGUUGACCAUGUUUGCUUUUACCUCCUUUGUUAUGUAGUUGACUAAGUAUAAAACAGAGAACGAUAAAACAGUGGGGUGUCAGUACGAACGUAUUUGUCCAUCGUGUAUUAUUACAGUGUGGUGUUCUACCCAGCAGACUAGUCUAGAGAGUAGAAUAGUUUAGAUAAAAUUUAGUUAGGUAGCCUAGGAAUACGAAAAGCAAAAAAUAAAAAUUUCAUAAAAUGUAAAAAAAAAGAUGAAAUUGUUGGUAAGAAAGAGUAUUUUUAAGGGACAUGUUGCUUCGUUCUGUUAUGAUGUGGUUUGGCAUAACUAUGAUAAUAGUGUAAAACAUUUCUCGCAGAGAAAAGACAGAUGAAAAGUUAUGUAUCUAUUUUGUUACAAGGUGUUUGCAAGUUUCUAUAUAGUGCUAUGAGCAUUACUUGAGCCGCAUUAAUUAUAGUUAUGCUGAAUGGAAACUAAAAUAAUAUAUAAAAUAAAUGAAAAUGGUACUAAGAAGCAUGUUUUAUUGUGACGAGUCAUGUUCCUUUGCAUUGAACUUGAUAUUUUGUAAGAGCAAAUGAUUGAAAUAAAACAAGCGAAACCAA